GCUCCCGGGCUGAGGCGCUCGCCGGUUCUUCCCGCGCAGCCAUGGCUCAGCACUUCUCCUUGGCCGCCUGCGACGUGGUCGGCUUCGACCUGGACCACACUUUGUGUCGCUACAACCUGCCCGAGAGCGCCACGCUCAUUUAUAAUAGCUUUGCUCAGUUCCUAGUCAAGGAAAAAGGGUAUAAUAAGGAAUUGCUCACUGUGACCUCAGAGGAUUGGGAUUUCUGUUGCAAGGGUUUGGCAUUGGAUCUGGAAGAUGGGAACUUCAUUAAACUUGCAGAUAAUGGCACUGUGCUCAGGGCAAGUCAUGGCACCAAGAUGAUGACCCCGGAGGCACUGGCAGAGGUGUACGGCAAGAAGGAGUGGAAGCACUUCAUGUCGGACACUGGAAUGGCAUGUCACUCGGGAAAGUAUUAUUUUUACGAUAACUACUUUGACCUGCCAGGAGCUCUUCUAUGUGCCAGGGUGGUGGACUCUUUAACAAAGCAGAAUGGUCAAAAAACAUUUGAUUUUUGGAAAGAUAUAGUUGCUGCUAUACAACACAAUUAUAAAAUGUCAGCUUUUAAUGAAAACUGUGGAAUAUAUUUUCCAGAAAUCAAAAGAGAUCCAAGCAAAUAUUUACACAGCUGUCCUGAAUCUGUAAAAAAGUGGCUUCGACAGCUAAAGAAAGCUGGGAAAAUUCUUUUGUUAAUUACCAGUUCUCACAGUGAUUACUGUAGAUUUCUCUGCAAAUAUAUCCUUGGGAAUGAUUUUGCAGACCUUUUUGACAUUGUGAUUACAAAUGCAUUGAAGCCUGGUUUCUUCUCCCAUUUACCAAGUCAGAGGCCUUUCCGGACACUCGAGAAUGACAAGGAACAGGAGGCACUGCCAUCUCUGGAUAAACCUGGCUGGUACUCCCAAGGAAACGCUGUCCACCUUUAUGAGCUUCUGAAGAAAAUGACUGGCAAACCUGAACCCAAGGUCGUUUACUUUGGUGACAGUAUGCAUUCAGAUGUUUUCCCAGCCUGCCACUAUAGUAACUGGGAGACAGUCCUCAUCCUAGAGGAGCUCAGAGGGGACGAAGGCAGGAAGCCUGAGGAGUCAGAGCCUCAAGAGAAGAGAGGAAAAUAUGAGGGACCAAAGGCAAAGCCUCUAAAUACCUUAUCUAAAAAAUGGGGCUCCUUUUUUAUUGAUUCAGUUUCAGGACUGGAAAAUACAGAAGACUCCUUGGUUUGUACAUGGACUUGCAAGAGAAUCAGUACUUACAGCACUAUUGCAAUUCCAAGUAUUGAAGCAAUUGCAGAAUUACCCUUGGACCACAAAUUUACAAGAUUCUCUUCAAACAAUUCAAAAACAUCUGGCUACUAUCCAAAUCCUCCACUGGUCUUAUCAAAUAAUGAGACACUGAUAACCAAAUAAAUUGUCUUACUGAAAAAUGAAGUGAAGAACCAUAUAUGCAGCAAAUGUACUGUAAAAAAAUGUUAAUUUUCAAAAACUACUGUAAAAUGCUUUAUAGUAACAAGAUUUUAAUGAAAAUUGAUCAAGAAAUUGAUAUUU